CGGGCUGGUCCUGGCUCUGCGCACCCCUACCUCCGCUGCACACCGCCGCGUCCGGGCCGGCUGAGCGCCGGAGAGCGGCGGUCCGGCGAUGGCGAGGCGCGGGCGGCGGCGCUGAGGCGGCUGAGGAGGGCGUCGGUCCCCGAGCGGGCGCGAUGCGGUCCCUGAACAUCACCCCGGAGCAGUUCGCGCAGCUCCUGCGGGACAACAACGUGACGCGGGAGCAGUUCAUCGCCCUCUAUGGCCUGCAGCCUCUAGUGUACAUCCCAGAGCUGCCGGGGCGCACCAAGGUGGCCUUCGUCCUCAUCUGCGUGCUCAUCUUCGCUCUGGCGCUCUUCGGCAACUGCUUGGUGCUCUAUGUGGUGACCCGCAGCAAAGCUAUGAGGACCGUCACUAACAUCUUCAUUUGCUCCCUGGCGCUCAGCGACCUCCUCAUCGCCUUCUUCUGCGUCCCCUUCACCAUGCUGCAGAACAUCUCCUCCAACUGGCUCGGCGGGGCCUUCGCGUGCAAGAUGGUACCGUUUGUUCAGUCCACUGCCAUUGUCACUGAGAUCCUUACAAUGACCUGCAUUGCUGUGGAAAGACACCAGGGGAUUGUGCAUCCACUCAAAAUGAAGUGGCAGUACACCAAUAAAAGAGCUUUCACGAUGCUUGGCAUAGUGUGGUUGUUGGCUCUUGUUGUCGGCUCACCCAUGUGGCACGUGCAGCGGCUCGAGGUUAAAUAUGACUUUCUGUAUGAAAAAGUGUAUGUUUGUUGCUUGGAGGAAUGGGCCAGUCCGAUCUAUCAGAAGAUAUACACGACCUUUAUUCUGGUUAUACUCUUCCUUCUUCCACUGAUGCUGAUGCUUUGUUUGUACACGAAAAUUGGCUACGAGCUCUGGAUUAAGAAACGAGUGGGAGACGCUUCAGUUCUGCAAACCAUUCACGGGAGUGAAAUGUCCAAAAUAUCAAGGAAGAAGAAGCGGGCAAUUGUUAUGAUGGUGACAGUGGUGUUUCUCUUUGCAGUCUGUUGGGCCCCCUUCCACGUGAUUCACAUGAUGAUAGAAUACAGUAACUUUGAAAAGGAGUAUGACGAUGUGACGGUCAAAAUGACCUUUGCCAUCGUCCAGAUCAUAGGGUUCUUCAACUCUAUCUGCAACCCCAUUGUUUACGCUUUCAUGAACGAAAACUUCAAGAAGAACUUUCUGUCUGCCAUCUGCUUCUGCAUGGUCAAAGACAAGGCAUCCCCAGGCAGGCAGCUUGGCAACUCGGGGAUCACUCUGAGGAGGCAGAAGCCGAGUGUCUCCCAGAGAGACGCCGUGGACUCGGAUGAAGGCAGGAGGGAGGCGUUCAGCGACGGCAACAUCGAGGUGAAGUUCUGUGACCAGCCAGCUUCCAAAAGGCAUUUGAGGAGGCACCUUGUGUUGUUCAGCUCUGAGCUCACUGUGCAUUCCGCGCUAGGAAAUGGACAGUAGCGUCAUGGGGGGGGUUGAGACUGGAACUGUCAAUAAGCCAUUUAAAACACUUUUCUACUUUGCAUGCUGAAGUAAGGCGGAAAAUAUUUUGGGGACUAUUAUAAUGCCAGUGGAGAAAACGUAAUAUUUAUUUUAUAAGGAUGAGGAGUAAAACUUUGGAAAACAAUAUUGCUGUAUGAUUUCCUGUGGGGGAUAAAAAUUAUUUUUCCUAAGCUAGUUUGCCCUAAAAUUCUAUUGCUUGCUCUUUUUAUUCUGUGUCUGCACCAUACACAGCCGAAUUCCAGAAGGCAGGAACUGUGGAAAGAGUGUGCACUUUAUUUGGACAACCUGGAAAUCUGAUGUGAGUCUGACAUUGUAAGAUCCGCUCUCUGCAGCUGUGAGGACAGAGGAGCUUCAGAUGUGAGUUCAGGGAAGAUGCAGACUGAGAUGCAAUUGUGUUUCAGAAAAAAUGAAAAGGGGCUAUGAGAGAGCCAACAGCCAGAAUCUGACUCUGAAGAGACUGAGAUUUAACCGUUGCAUGCAUGUUCAUGCUUUAUUAAUAGGAAGCAUACUAGUAAUUAACAAUGCAUGCAUAAUUAAUAUGCUGUUUUUACAGCUUAAUUCUUGGGUACUGUCCUGGAAACUGCACUAUUCUGCUGAAAAAUGGAGAGGUGAGGAAAGGGCUGCACAAGAUGUGCAGGUGCUGGAGGUGUGGCCUGUAAACACUGAGUUUAACUCACAGGCUUGGCUGUGUGGCUGUUGGGUUGAAAGUGUGGUGUUGCCAUUUUCUGGAGGGAUAAAAGGAUCAGAUCCAGAGCCUGCUGGGACUUCACAGAAGACUUUGGAUUGAGUAUCACAUUCUUUUGACCAGACACUUAUCUGAAGACAUGCACAAAUUCUUCUGUCUCUCCAGUGUUCUGUUAUUUUUAGACUUCACAGUAAAUUACAGGGUUGAAUUCCAUAUAAAUUCUAAUAAUUUUUUCUCCAUGGGCCAAACUGAAAAACUGUAAAAGUGUGCUCAUAGGUGUGAGGCUGACAGAAAAGUGUGGUCUGGAAUGGUUCACUGGGAUCUAAUCUCAUAAAUGAGGUUUUGAAAUAUGGAGUUUACCACUCCAGCUGAGAUUAGGUUGGAUCCUUUAACAGCCUGUGAAACGUCAGUGCUCUCCCUGUCAUCCCUUGCCUCACCUAUGUGGUGCUCCCUUGCAGUAAUUUAACAUUCUUUUGGGGCUUUUUGCCCUGGAGAGUAGGGGUUAACAGUGGUUUGUUAUCCUAGUUUUCCUCAGCAGAUGAUGUAAAGUUUAACUGGUUGGUGGUGAGAACUAUGUGCUUGGACAGAAUCUGGGACUGAAAAGCCAAUUUAUUUUAAGCUUUUUAUUUAUUUGCACUGCUAAUUUCAACGACAGGUUUUAACAAGUAUUUUACAAAAACUUCCAAGUAUUUUGUAUUUUUGUUUUAUUUUACCCGUUUCUUCUAUUCUCUCAUGAAAUGUUUUGUCAAUGAAUAACUGUUCUAGUAUUGUAUUACUUUUUUUUUUUUUCGUUUAAAUUCCUCUUUGGGUUUGUUGGUGCUGUUUUGCACUGGGGAGCAGCUGCUGUAAACUUCACUCUGAGCUUUUCUGUGUUUAAAGAUUCAUGUAAGCUUAUAUAUGUGCCUCUUUAGGGAUUAAAUUCCAGUUCUGUUACAGGUGCCAGCUGCUGCUGUAACCCUUAGAGCUGUGAUUUAAAGGACUUGGCAGAAUAAGGUGAGAAAGGGGGGGAAAAAAACCUUCCAGUCUCCUGGUGGAAGAGAUGUGAUAAAUGUUUCAGCACAGAUUAUGUGGCUAUGGUUAGAUCAAAUAUAAACCAAAACACAGAAGACAGUUCUCAUGCUGUUCUUAAUAGUAACUAUUAUUAUUUGUGUAUUUUUGACACAGUGGUUUUCUUGCAGUAGUUUUCUUUC